AUGGCUCUCUUUACUCCGACUAACCAAAAAAGGUUGACUAACGUGUCUGUAGUACGCCUCAAAAAAGGAGGUAAUCGUUAUGAGUUAGCAUGUUACCCGAAUAAAGUACAAGCAUGGAGAGACAAACUUGAAACUAAUUUAGAUGAAGUUUUGCAGGCUAAUUGUGUCUUCACAAAUGUCUCGAAAGGUCAGUUUGCCAACAAAAAGGAAAUGUAUGUUCAUUUUCGCACAGAAGAUGAAAGUCAAAUAAUAAAAACAAUACUAGAACAUGGAGAAUUACAAUUAACUGAAAAGGAACGCCUUGUAGGACAGCAGGCUUUGUUCCGAGACGUGGCUAAAAUAGUGUCCGAACGAUGUGUUAACCCCGAAAACAACCGCGCAUACACUGUUACGAUGAUAGAGAAAAUGAUGAAAGAUUGUCACAUUUCUCUUAAGGCCAAUAAAAGUGCUAAACAGCAUGCUUUAGAGGUAAUCAAGCAGUUACGAUCUACGCCUGGGUUUAAAAUUGCUCCUUCGAUGAUGGAAGUAAACAUUACCAUACAAAAAGAUUCAUGUGAACCUGUAAUCGAAAGGCUCUUGAAAUUAUGCAGUGAUAUUAUACGACAGGGUGAUUCUCCCGACGGGCUGUAUGACUUGACUGCUGUUGUUGAACCUGAAAAAUAUGGCUCGAUUGAAACACUACUGCACAACGAAAUAAAAGGUAAAUAUUGCAUAGAAAUUGCCGAUGGUACGAAAUUCAGUCUCAAAGGACGUACAAAGUUAGACUCUACUUUGACAGUAAACACGGAAGUUGAGAAAAAAGUUGUAAAAAAUGUUCCAGCUGAAGUUGCUCCAGUCGAAUCGAAUAUCAAUCAGAAAGACAAAACUAAAUCCAGGCGAAAGAACAAGAAAGGUUCCAAACGUAAUGAUGAUUGUGCAGUUCAGUCGUAUCGGUCUAAACAAAACAUGAGUUUACUGAAAAAUGUUCAUCAUGUUCGAUUUGCAACCAAAAGUUUAUGGCAGACCUGUAAUACACUAAUAAAGGGUUUCGGUUUCACGUUCCAUUGUUUGCUCAAACACGGUUCAGAAUUAAAUCUAGUUCUAAAAAGUGGCCAAUCAUUAAUAAUGCUAAGCAAAACUCAAACAUUAUCCAGUGUUCAUCACUCACUUAAGCACUAUUCAGAAUUCGGUAACUGGUGUACGAAACAUGAUGGACCAUUCGAUAUUGCUUUAGAGGUAGGUGACGUAUAUGAAGUUUGUGAUAGAGUUUCUCAAUUUUCUGGGUUUGAUAAUAUUCUUUUGGAACCUACUACUUACACUGAUUAUAAUGGAAAAAUUGUUAUAGGAGUGAUUAAGUCAUGUGUUGGCAAUUUACUUCAUACCAUUAUUGACUCGUCACACUAUAAGGGCUUAUUUUUGCCUGGAUACAUACUGCCAGAAUCAAAUACAAAUGACGAUUUAGCAGAAAUACUAAGUAAUGAUCAAUCAAAUCCUGAUUCUUUUGUGAAAUAUAUUGAUCAUGUGGCAAUUGCUGGUGAAAUUGGAGAUUCAGAUAAUUUUAUAAAGUGGUACAAAACAGUAUUUGGAAUGGAGCGUAUGUUCAUUAAUAUACAAGAAGAUGAAUUCAAAGGGUUUAUAGUAAAGUUUAAAAAUACUGGAAUGAUCUUGAAAGCAGUUUGUCAUAGGAAUUCAACUUCAAAUUCUGAUUGUCAUGAUGCAUGCAAAUUUGUCUUCGUUGAACCAACGAGAAAUUCAGAACCUAAUCAAGUAACACGAUUUAUACAAGCUAACUCAGGUCCAGGCUUACAACACAUUGGAUUCGCUGUUGAUAACAUCACAGAUGUAGCAGCUACAUGUUGUCAGAAUGGUGUAAAGUUUAUCACUGCUCCAAAUGUUUAUUAUGAAACUUUAUCUAAACGUAUCAAUUUGAAAGAAAUUUCUUUGGAUUUAGAAAAACUUAAAACCACUGGAAUUCUUGUAGAUAAAGAAUUAGACAAUAAUGGUAAUCAAAUAGGAAGUCUAUUACAAAUAUUUACUGAACCAUUAUUUCAAAAAGAUGGCUUUUUCAUUGAAUUAAUUGAACGUUGUAAUCAAUCAACUGGUUUUGGUGAAAAUAAUAUCAAUGCUUUAUGGGAAGCAUUAGAAAUAUCACAAACAAACACAUCUAAUUAA